AUGGACCCUGUGUGGACUCCGAAAAGCACCAGAAAGAAACUUCGGCUUGUGGAUUCUGACACAAUUUCUGAAUCCAGUAAAGUGGAAGAGCAUGCAUCCGGCUGCACCACAAGGCAACGCAUUCCACCGCACCAGGUUGCAAAAAUCACACAAUAUGCAGCUGGAUCCAUAAUGAUGGCGUAG